GUUAAUGCCAUUUUGAUCGGAAAGAAUAGCGUGUUUAUUUUUGUCGCAGGUGUGUUUGAGCGUGACUAUUUGCUUUAAAUGCGCAGUAUUACGUGUAUGCUAGUUUAGAAAAACUUAGUUAAGACUUAACGUUAAUUAAAUUAUUGCUUAAUUUCAAAUUUCUUGGACGAAAUUUCAGCUUUUAGGACCAACAAGGCACGAGACGCCGUUAGCUCGUUCAAAGCCACAUUGCUAAAGCUAGGUCGAUGACACAGCCAGCUAGCUAACCUAACAAAGGAACACUGGGAGUGGGACCGAGGCAGCUUCGUUUGCGUGAAUAUCUCACGAGCUCUAGCUAGCGAAGUCGUUUAAAUACAAUUUCCUUUAAUCAACUUAAGUAGCGUUCAUUUUAACAUCUGAACUGAUAUUUUUUUGGCAAAACCGUGGUGUUUUUUCGGGACUAUUUUUGUAUUGAUCAACUUGUGUGGUUAGCGAGCUAACUUGACAUAGCCAGCGCAGUGUUUUUGACUGAGAAAGGGCGUUAUUGUAGGUAAAAAAUGGCGGAGUUGUACAUUCGUGUGGCCGAAGAAGAGAAUGAGGAGCCCAUGGAGAUCCCUUCUGAGGAUGAUGGCACUGUGUUGCUUUCUACCGUGGCAGCUCAGUUUCCAGGGGCCUGCGGCCUACGAUUCAGGAGUCCUGUUUCACAGUGCAUGAGAGGGGUCCGGUUGGUGGAAGGGAUUCUUCAUGCGCCUGAGAACGGCUGGGGCAAUCUGGUCUAUGUCGUCAAUUAUCCCAAAGACAACAAAAGGAAAAUGGACGAGAUUGAUGCCGCCUCUGCUGUGAAGAUGAAGAGAGGGGACAUGAAGACAUCUGAUCUGAUUGUACUGGGGUUGCCAUGGAAGACAUCUGAACAGGACCUGAAAGAUUACUUCAGCACCUUUGGGGAAGUCAUCAUGGUGCAGGUGAAACGAGAUGUGAAGACUGGAAACUCAAAGGGAUUUGGGUUUGUGAGGUUUACUGAGUAUGAGACUCAAGACAAAGUGAUCUCUCAACGCCACAUGAUUGAUGGAAGAUGGUGUGACUGCAAACUUCCUAACUCCAAGCAAGGUCCAGAUGAGCCCAUGAGAAGCCGAAAAGUGUUUGUAGGCCGUUGCACUGAAGACAUGUCCGCUGAUGAGCUGCGCCAGUUCUUCAUGCAGUAUGGCGAGGUCACUGACGUCUUCAUCCCCAAGCCCUUCCGUGCCUUUGCCUUCGUCAGCUUUGCCGAUGACCAGGUUGCCAGUUCCCUAUGUGGAGAGGACCUGAUUAUUAAGGGGGUCAGCGUGCACAUCUCAAAUGCUGAGCCAAAGCACGGCAGUAGGCAGAUGAUGGAGCGAGCAGGGCGGUUUGGAAACGGGUUUGGGGCUCAGGGCUUUGGUAGUAACCGCACAGGGUUAGGGAGCAGCGCCAGUAGUAAUAUGGCUAAUUUUGGCAACUUUAGUCUGAACCCUGCUAUGAUGGCUGCCGCUCAGGCUGCCCUACAGAGCAGUUGGGGAAUGAUGGGUAUGUUGGCUAGUCAGCAAGGGCAGACUGCCACCUCUGGCACCACCUCCACUGGGCAGACUAGCUCCACCAGGGAUCAAAGCCAGGCCUACAGCACAGGCAACAGUAACUACGGCACCAGCUCAGCCAGUCUAGGUUGGGGUACCGGUUCUAACGCAACAACCAGUGGUAGUGGGUUUAGCUCAGGAUUUGGCUCCAGUAUGGAGUCCAAGUCUUCCGGGUGGGGUAUGUAAGUAAUAGUUUGAUGGUAAGUAUUGUGAGACGUCUUUCCCCAAAUGUAUUUCUGGUGUUAUGCGUGUCUGAUACUUAAACGCUUUUGUGAAAGAUGUUUUGUACAUUUGAAAAUUUAAUUUAGAAAGUGUUUGAAGUGAAUUAUUGUUUACCAGGGUAUUCAGCUUAAGUGCUACUUUUGAUGUCAAAUUGAUUUGUUCUUAAGUUUGUUAUAUCCUGACUUAUUUUCAACUGGAUUCUUUGAUGCAUGCAUUGUGAGUUGUGAUGUUUCUGAAUGCAUGAGAAAUCACUGGUUCACUAUCCAUCCAUAUAUUUGACAACAAUCUUGCAUUGGAAAGAAUCUGGUUGAAACUUAAAUGUUUUAAGUGCGACUUUAUUUGCUGUCUCAAGUUCAAUGGAAAAGCCUUCACUACAAUCUCUUCUGCAGUUCACCUCUCUUCCAUUUUCCCGGGAAGAAGCUUCUCUAUGGCAGCAUUCUUUGGGUGAUGUCAGUAUCACUCUUCCAUCUGUAAAUGCUUUGCCAUCAAAGAACGGCUUCACUCCGCAUGUUCUAAGAGACGGUGGGUGUUUUAAUUUUUAUCCACUGUUUAAUGGAAAGAACUGCGCAACUGACAUUUUAAGAACUCGUGAGUGCGAUUGAGGAUGGCUUGUGGCGAAGAGUGAAUCGAUGAGUGAGCGAACGGAGAGAGAAAAAGAAAGCGUGAAACGGACUGGUUGUGCGAUGAAAGAGCCCAAUUUGACUGCUGUUGUGAGUGUGAAUGGGAUCUGCAGAUGCUACAAGCUCCUCCCCCCUAAAUGGACUUUCAUUUAAUAGUACUUCAAGAUCUCUAUCUGCAAUUUGUCCUACCCUCCUUUUAGUAUAUUGAUCAAGUAGUAUAUUGAUCAAGUGCAGAUGUAGUACCCAAAUGUCGUGUGGAAUGUUGUGCUGAAUAUAUGUCUUGUUUAUAUAACCUACAUGACCUGAAUGCUGUAUGGUGUGUGUGGUUUCUUUUCUUGUUAUUGGUGCUCUCUAAGUGUGAACUUUGAUGUGGAUGACGCCUGCUGAGGACACUGGGGACGUGAGUGUUGGUGUGAGAACGUGGAGUGGUGUGGUUGUCAAAUAUUUCCCAGUGUGUGAUUCUCCAGUGGGUUUUCAAAGGUGUUUUAGACAUGUCAAAUGAAGGGAGUUCUCUAAUAAAACGUUUGAAUAGAUGUUUAUUUGAAUACUGGUUACCUUUGUGUCAUUUGAAUUGUCAAAUCUAAUUUAAUUCACAUAUCUAGGGACCUUGGACACUGCUGACCGAGGUUUCCAUCUGAACCCAGACUGGAGUCAGUGUCCUGAAGGAUGAAGACUGAAGUCCUCACAGGCUUGAAAUGGGGCCUUAUAUUUAUGGCAACCUAAAAGGAGUCAGAAUUGGGUAGUAAGUUUGGAUACAUUUAUGAUCUAUUCUGUCAGACAUGACCAAUGUUCUUUUUUUUGUUCAAUGGGCUUCAUUUAAAAUAAAUGUGGAUGCAUUAUUUGGGAAGAAGAGUCUUUUAUUAUGUCUCAAAUGUAUUCUUUGGGACAUAAGACAAAUAAUUAACAGGUUAUGGUAUUUCAGAUGUGCACACUGGGAAAUAGUGUACAUAAAGGAUAUUACAGAAUGCUGAAAUUAAGCACCGGAUAAACCAAAGUAUAGAUCUAAGCGUUUGUGGAGAUGAAGUUGGAACCGUGCUCUUAAAUUUCAGCCGAUGAAUAUACUCUCACUGUACCACUUGAUGGAUGAUAAUUAUGAGUUAUUAAUAAAUAUUUUCUACAAGUUG